UCAAACAGUUAUUUUAAAAACUUAUGUUUUCUUACAGAAUUUCCUAGGCAGGAUGGACGUUAUGCAAUUGUCACCGGAGGUAGUCGAGGCAUUGGACUGGAAAUAGUUAAUAACUUAUUAGAAUCAGGAUAUAAUGUCGUAAUUGGCUCUUCGUCCUCGGAGGUGAAUAGAAAUCUACUGGAACAAAUGUUUAAGAGAAAAUAUGAAAAUUCCUCAGUUGAAGUCUGGCACUUGGAUCUGGUUUCAUUAAGAUCAGUCAAAGCAUUUGCUGAAAAGUACUCGUCGACUGGAAGGCCAUUGCAUCUUCUCAUUAAUAAUGCCGGCAUUAUGUUUGUAAAAGAAGAAUACACAGAAGAUGGUUUUGAGAAGCAUUUUGCAGUCAACUACGUAUCUCAUUGUCUUUUAACAUUAUUAUUACUACCAUUACUGGCAAAAUCUGGGACAGCCAACACAUAUUCUCGAAUAAUUAACAGCACUUCUUGCAUACAUUAUGUAGGAUCUAAAGAUUCUAAACACCUUCAGAAGAAGGCAUAUUACUCCAAGUACAGAGCAUACAUUCAGUCAAAAUUAGCCCAAAUCAUGUUUACUUAUUCACUUCAAGCUCAUCUGUCUGCUGAAAAUGUUUAUGUUACUGUAAAUUGUGUUCAUCCAGGAGUAGUGAAUACCGAACUUAUGUCUUCAGUUUUAUGGAUAUCACUUGUAGGUUCCAUAGGUUCCUUUUUUCUGAGGAUAUUCUUAAAGUCAGCUAAACAAGGAGCUGAAACAGCAACAUUUGCAGCCUUAAGUCCGGAAAUGGAAGGCAUAGGAGGAAAAUAUUUAGAAGAAUGCAGACCAGUACCUUCAAGUAAAAUAUCGCAAGACAGAGUGUUACAAAAUGAUUUAUGGAUAGAAACGUGGGAUCGUUUAAAAGACUGGAUACCCAAAGGAAAUGCAUUUUCUCAUUGGUUCUUCCCAAUUUCAAAGUGAUCACAGACUAUUUCAAUCACAAAAUACCAUCAUCAAAAUAAAACAGAGCACAUAAUCCAUAAAAA